AUGUCUGAAGACAUUGAAGCAAUUAAUGUAACUAAAAAGAGUUCUGCUCGGAAAUCGGACGUUUGGAAUUAUUUUAAACGUAUUGAAACCAAUGGUGUGUUUCUGGCUCAAUGCUUGAAAAAAGAAUGUAGUAAAAUAUUAUCAACACCAAACUGGACAACAUCGUCUUUAAUCAAACAUCUGAAUUAUGUUCAUAAAAUUCGUGAUUUAAAAAAGUUACCACGUUAUCGUUUUCGUGCAUCUGGAGGAGUGCAGAAAUUAUCAAAAGAAAAAAAAAGUCAUAUUGAUCGCUUAGCAUUAGAAGCUAUUAUAAAAGAUGGUAGAAGUUUCAACGACUUCAACAAAAGUGGAUUAAAACGGUUUAUACAAAAUAUAUUCCCAGAAAUAGAGAAAAAACUUGUUGAAUUAAACAUAUUCCACAAAGUAACAACAAUUACAUCUGAUAAUGCUCCCAAUAUGUUGGGAUUGUUCCAAUAUUUAUCUCGUUCUGAUAUAAAACAUAUUCCAUGCAUGGCGCAUGUUCUUCAUUUAAUAUUAUGCAAUGGUCUUGGUAUAUGGGAAACAAUAACAGAUAAUAAUGAUAAAAUUUCUGGUGAAUCUACCAAUGAAAAUUUAAUUAAUUUUGAUGACAGUAUUAGUCAAUACUUAAAAACCAUUAAUAUUAAUAGUGAUGGAAGUUGUAAUAUGCCAAUAUCAAAUGUCAAUCAGUCGGUUGAAGAAGAAAUACAAUCCGGUGAUGAAGUAAGUACUAUAUGGUUACAAUUAGAAUGAUAUACUGACAAAUUGUCUCAUAGAGCUCUUAAACUCAUUUAAAAAAGCGUGCCAUUGGAAAAAAAUUGAAAACAUGUCUUAUAUUAUAAGUUUUUUCGAAAGGAUUAAUAUCAACGUAAAAGUUGAUAGUUUGGAGAUCGAUGAGUUUCAAGUAGUUACGUUAAAAACAGAUUAUAUAUCAAACAUUUAUUUUUUUUUAUUCAGACGUGUGAAAAUGAAACAAUUGAUGAUGAAAAUGAUUCGAAUUCUGUGGUAACAAAUUCAUCUGAACUUAGUGAUGGGGGAGCCGCGAAAACUCGAACUUAAAACUUACACU